UUAUUAUCUCCACCACAUCAUCACAAGCCGCAGCAGUCAGAAAAACAAGGGGAAGAAGAGCAGAUUGGAUUAGCGCCGAGCCGAGGCGGCCUCGACGAUAAGCUUCGCCUCGCCGGCCGCCGCCAUGCGGAACCCGCCCGGGAGGCACCUCCUCCGCGUCGCCACCCGCGCCGUGCGCUCCUCGUCGGCGCUCGGCAGCGGCGGCGGCGGAGGGGGCGCCUCGACCUCCGCCACGUCCCCCGUCGCCGCCUCCUCCUCAUCCGGUGGCCGCCCGCGCACCCGCUCCGGCGGCCGCCUCCUGCGCGCCACCUCGCCGCCCCCGCCCUCCGCCAUCGCCGCGGCCGCGUGCUGGGAGUCCCGCACGAUGCGCCGCGAGGGGGAGGAGGAGUGGGAGGAGGUCGUCGCCGGGGCCGAGGAGGCGGUUCAUGGGGCCCCCGUGCCUGUUGCGGAGGAGGAGGAGGAGUACAGGGUGGUGUUCUGGUCGCCGCCCACCGGCGACGAGGUCCGCGCAGCCUUCACCAGCAUCGAGGAGGUAUUUGGUGAUCCUUUUCGUGCGCAUUCUUAUGAAACUGAGGAGCAAUCAGCAUUGUCCACCUCAGUACAUUCGUCAUCUGGCAAUUCAUCAGGAUCAGAUGACUGGAUUGAACCUGCUGCCUAUGCUCUCAACUCAACUGCUCUUCUGACAAGGGAACAUAGAAAUGUUUUGGAUGCCUUCCGUUUAUUGCAAAAAGAUCCUAAUGUUCAGAAAAUGGUCAUGUCCUUGUCAUGCGACAGGGCUGUAUGGGAUGCUGUUAUGAACAACGAGGCAGUGCAAGAAUUCAGGAGAUCUUUCCAGGAUGACAAAGAAGCAGCAGGUAGAAAGGGAAACCCUGGUGGUCCUGCUGGAGUGCUUAAGUGGAUUCUGGGCAACACCCAAGCAAAAAUAAUGGAAUUCAUGAAUAAUAUAAUGAAGAUUGUGAACAUGCUUUUCCACUCUGAUGAUGAUGAAGCGAAGCCCGACCUUUACACUGAUGCAGUGAAGGUGUCAUUCAUGCUCUCAGUUUUCAUCUUCAUCGUGGUGGCCAUUGCUCGUAUCAAUUUUGAGCCGUGGGAUUUCAAAGUGUGGUGAUGCAAGAUUCUGCAAGCCGUGUGUGCAUGUUUUGUAGGACAGCUCAUGAUUUCCAAGCUAUCUAACUUAAAUUCACACGAAAUUGUACAUCGAUGAUUUCUGUAUCAUUUGACCCUGUUAGUCUGUUGUAAAGGAUUGGUUUGUCUGUGUCCCAUUUUCACUGGGAGAUUAAUAUACUUAAGAAUAGAUAAAUAGUUCCGCUUGCUUGGACGA